CGCCGGCGCGCAGCGUCGGGCGGUGCGCGCGCGCCAUGGCGGCGGAGCUGGGCUUCGUAGAGGUGGCGCCGGCGUGGCGGCUGCGCAGCGAGCAGUUCCCCAGCAAAGUGGGCGGGCGGCCGGCGUGGCUGGGCGAAGCCGGGCUGCCGGGGCCCGCGGAGCUGGCGUGCGCGCGCUGCGGCCGCCCGCUGGCCUUCCUGCUGCAGCUGUACGCGCCCCUGCCCGGCCGCGCCGACGCCUUCCACCGCGGCCUGUUCCUCUUCUGCUGCCGCGCGCCGCCCUGCUGCGCGGGCCUGCGCGUUUUUAGAAAUCAGCUACCCCGGGAAAAUGACUUUUAUUCACAUGAGCCACCUGCCGAGGAGCCCCCGCCGGAGACGGAGCCCGUGCGCCUCCAGCUCAGGUCCGGGCCGCGGCUCUGCAGGGUGUGCGGCUGCCUGGGCCCCAAGACCUGCUCGGGCUGCCACCGAGCGAGCUACUGCGGCCGCGAGCACCAGACGCUGGACUGGAGAGCGGGGCACAAGCAGGCCUGCGGGCGGACGGGUCCUUCAGACAAUACAGUUCCAGACCACAACUUCCUUUUUCCAGAAUUUGAAAUCGUAAUAGAAACGGAAGAUGAGAUUACACCUGAAGUUUCGGAGAAAGACGACGCGUCGGAGGUUUCAGGGAGCAUGGCUGAAGCUCCGGAGGAAGAAUUGGAGUCCAUGGCAAAACACGAAUCCAGAGAAGAUAAGAUCUUCCAGAAGUUCAAAACUAAAGUAGCCCUGGAACCAGAACAGAUCCUCAGGUACGGCCGAGGGAUCGCGCCCGUCUGGAUCUCCGGCGAGAACGUCCCCCGGGAAGAGGACAUCCCGGACUGCCCCUGUGGCUCCAGGAGGGCCUUCGAGUUCCAGGUGAUGCCGCAGCUGCUCAACCACCUCAAGGCCGACAGGCUGGGCCGCAGCCUGGACUGGGGCGUCCUUGCUGUCUUCACCUGUGCGGAGAGCUGCGGCCUGGGCUCCGGCUACGCCGAGGAGUUCGUGUGGAAGCAGGACGUGACAGCGGCGCCUUAGAGACGAGCUCGUGAGGCCUGACACGCUCCUGAUCUCGUAGAGCUUGCAGUUCCAUUUUUAGGGCUCCAUCCUGAGGAGGUUACUAAACCUGAGAGAAAAGGACAAAGAUGUGUCGGGCAUCGUUGGCCAUGUCUGAAUACCAGUGGGACGAAAGCGCCCCAUCGCAGGGGCAGUGCCGGUGUCGGGGUGUCUGUCCAGCCGGCGGCUGCUGCGCCUCCUGGACACAGACCUGCCCGCACAGCAGAUGAGGCGCCAUCGGCACGGGCACGAGGAGGCCGUCCCGAUGGCGCCCCUGUGGACCGUGCACUUCCAAACGUGUGUUUGUGUGUGCGUGCGCGUGCGCGUGUGAGUGAGUCUGCAAAGGUGCACGCCAGCUCUGAAGGCUGCCGGGGGCGGGGGGGGAGUGAAAUGAAUUU